CUACUGUAUAGAGUUGAUAUUAACUUGUAUAUAAUACGUGUUAUUUGUUUAUUAACUAAUUUUGUGCUCUAAAGAGAAAAUGAAAAAAAAAGAAAUAUUACUGCAUAAAGAUCUAAAGAAAAGAGGAUAAUACUGAUACGCAAUAUAAUGCAUGAAAUGGGAAAAGGAAAAUCAGACGAUCGUGAAAUAUGGCUGUUAUGUGGCGCAAUGUCCUUCUGCUGCCUUAUUGUUAUACUGAUGUUAGCAUUACUUGCAUAUGGUAUUGCUAAGAUUGUUAUGGGAUCUGUAUAUCUACAUGACUGUAGUAUUGAAAGGUUUAUACCAAUCUACCUGAUAGUUAGUGGUGUGGCACCGAUAGUGUUCGGCGGUUUUGGUCGCAGGGAUGACGACGAGCCCAAUUUAAGUGGAAACUUUUGUGGAGUCCUUGGCAUUUUGUUUAAUGUGGCUUGGCUUAUUUGUGGUAGUGUCUGGGUAUAUCCCAAUUACGGAAAGCUAAAUGAUGUUGAUUUUACGACUUGCAGCAGUAACAAGACUACUGAGUGUUUAGAUGAGAUCUGCGACAAGGAUUUGAUGAAAUUUGCCAUUUCUGCUGUCACCAUCGAUUGGGUUUUCAUUGGCUUCUGGAUUGUUGUGAUAGGUUAUCAACUUAGAAAACUCACAUGCCAAUUAAUACGUAAAUAAACAUCAAAGAUAGUGAUGAGAUCAUAUGACAGCAGCUGAAAACGGGUGAAGUCGUUGAUAAUCUAUAAUCUCAUACACAUAUGUUUUUGGAAUUCUUGCAUUUGAAUAUACAAACCGUUGUGUUGAUGCCGAAUUACACACUUUCAAAAAUAUUUCAUUGUACUUAAAGAAUACAUUUUCUGUGUAAUCGAUACUGUGUGCCUUUGUUUAUUGUUAUAAAUAAUUUACAUGUUAGAAAAAAAUAUGGCUACCUUUCUGAUAAUGCAUUCAUUGAUGUCUUGAAAGUUCAAACGAUCAGUUGCUGAACAGAUUUGUUAUUCCAACUACAUAAUAAAACUCAAACAAUACAGUCAUCACCAGAGAGAUAGAGAAUAUUUGUUUGUUUUAAUGUAAGAUCGAAAUAUAUUUUACCGAGUGAACACUAUAAUGCAACAUUUUCAGGAGUGGUGCAGUGAUUUUUAACAUGAAUUAUUAUAUCUACUUCCCUAUGGAAGACCUUUGAAUGAAAAAACUAUAAAUAGUUCUAUUACGUAAUCUCCUACAUUUCGUUAUAAUAAAAUGUAAAUAUUUA